GUGGUAAGAUGGAGCGCUUAUGUUUGAUCCUCCUGCUGAUGAGUAGGACCACUUCAGUCUUGGCACAGUUUAAUGGAUACAACUGUGAUGCCACCUACCACAGUAGGUUUCCCGGUGAGCAUGACAGUCAUUUAAUCUCUAUGUAAAUUAUCCUCUGAAAUCAUUUUCACUUAUUCUUAGGUCUGAGAAUUGUUGUUAGAAUUACUGUUUACCCUCUCUCUCUCUCUCUCUCUCUCUCUCUCUCUCUCUCUCUCUCUAUCUCUCUCUCUCUCUCUCUCUCUCUCUCUCUCUCUCUCUCUCUCUCUCUCUCUCUCUCUCUCUCUUUAGCGGAGCGCGACAUCAGUGUGUACUGCGGGGUUCAGACCAUGACUCUGAAAAUUAACUUCUGCCCAGUGCUGUUCUCUGGCUACACAGUUGCAGACCUUUCGCUCAACGGUCGCCAUGGCGAUACCCACUGCCGGGGCUUCAUCAAUAACAACACGUUCCCCACGGCAGUACUGUUCAGCAUAAGCCUCAGCACACUGGAGGCCUGCGGCAACAGUCUGGUGGUGAGGAAGACACACACAUACAGAUGGACAAUGUGUUUUAUAUUUUGGGAGAACGUCUUGCUUGAGGCUAUGGUAGGUGUUGUACCAGAUUGUGUAUUUAGAGACGAUGUCCCUGUCCUCAGGUGACAACAGCUUACGGGGCUAAUGCCUACGGGAACAUGUCGCUGGUGCAGAUUGGGAAUAUCUCAGGGUACAUCGACACUCCAGACCCGCCAUCCAUCAUCAGCUAUCUGCCCGGCCUGCUAUACAAAUUUAGCUGCAGCUACCCCCUGGAAUACCUGGUCAACAACUCACAGCUGGCAUCGUAGGUGCCUGCCAUAAACACCUGAAGGGCUUAUUUUGAAUAAAACUGAAGUAUUGAAUACAUAAGUAGGGAUAUUUCAGUAUUUUUGAAAGAUUAAUUUGACAUUUGAAAUCAGUCAGCAAUUUCAUAUUCAGUGCCGACUUCAUUACACAAAAAUUCAAAAAACAAAAGAAUGUUUACCUGUCUAAACUGUACUAAAUAAUUUGAACCUUUUCUAGAUCAUCUGCUGCAAUAUCAGUGAAGGACAGCAAUGGUACCUUUGUGAGCACUUUGAGUAUGAUCCUUUACAAUGUGAGUACACAACAUCAGUGUUUUUCUUAGGUCACACAAGGACUUCAUAACAGGGCCCUCAUAGUAGGAAUUCAAUGUCAAAUAAUAAUUAGAACAUGCUCCCGUCAAAAUACUAAACAAAUUAUGAGACAUUUCUAUUAGGUAGAAAUAGACAUAUCAUAAAAAUAGGCAACUUUUUUAUUCAUGGACAAAAUCAUGUUUGUGCAGGACUCAACCUACAACCAACAACUCUCUAUCCCAAUGGCUGGACUGGCUUUGAAAACCCGAGUGUUUGCUGCAGUGAAAGCCACAAGCCUGGACAAACGGUAAGAGAUCUUCAGAUAUUAAAAAGUUAUAUAUUUUGUUCUAGUUUCUAUUAUUCACAAUACAGAUGGGGAUAUGAUCUGAGAAGCACAAAUAUUUCCAACAUGAUGUGAACAGAAAGCUAUGAUUCUGCCAUGAAACGUGCUGUUUUCAAAAAUAAUUGAAUAGCUGUAACCUGCUGGGACUUUCUAUCACAUAACCUGGAUGGCAUAUAAUUGAUAUAGUAGUCAGGUACAACUGCACAGUAUACCAUACACAUACGCUAUAAUUUAAGACCAAUCCUCUAUGCACCCUACCAAUUCAGUUCUAUCCUCUUUGGUUCAUUGCCCUUCAGCUCUCCUCUAUGGCUGUGUGAAGGCGCCAGUGGUGGUGCUAAGAAUGUCUGAUCUGUCCUGUUGUGUUGUGUGGUUAAAUCUCUAUCCUGUAUCAGCCCCAUACUGUUUUGUCUCUCUCUAGAUGGAAUAUCUUGAUGGACUACUGUUACACCACUCCCUCAGGGAAUCCCAAUGAUGAACUGCGCUACGACCUUUUCUUUGGGUAAUCACACCUUUUCUCAAAUGAUGCCAAGAUAAACGACAAAAGUGUCCCAUUACCCAUUCACCCUCAACCACUUAUCAUAGAGGCCCUUACAAUGGGUUCUCAUGGAGCAGUUAAAACAGGCCUAGACGUUUCAGUCGUUUCAGUGCAUUUUGUGUGUGUGUCUGUGUGUUUGUGUGUGUGUGUGUGUGCGUAUGUGUGUGCAUGCUUGCGUGCGAUGCACUUUCCAAACAGCUGCUAUAAAGACCCACAGACCACUGUUUUCGAGAAUGGGAAGAGUCAGAUGGGUCGUUUUGCCUUCGAAGUGUUCCGUUUCGUCAAACACAGACACCAGAAGAUGUCCACUGUGUUUCUGCACUGUGUCACCAAGCUGUGUCGGGUGGAUGACUGUGUCCUGCUCAUGCCGGUAAGAACAUGUGACACCUUACCAAAUGGUGUGUUCACCAUCAGUACAGUCAAUAGGGUGAACUUCAAUGCUCUGCAAAUAUCAGAAAAUAUGUACCAUCUUUCUUGACUUCUGAUCAAUAUGAAGCUUCACAUAGUCCAGUAAUACCUGAGCACUAUUCACUAUUCCCUAUUGAAUACAGUAUCAUGUGUCUGUGAUUUUAUAUUGAUCUAAUAUUGGCAGAUCUGUGGGCGUCGGCGUAGGCGGGACAUAGAGGAGAGCCUGGAGUCUAGGCCGUCCUCUGGGGAUGCCAUCAUUACCGCUGGACCCAUCAUCACCAGAAGUGGUACGCAGUACACCUCUUCAUCCAUAACCACUUAAACUUAGACUAUGGUUUUGUCUGACUUUAAUUAGAUUAUUUUGAUAUCCAUUAUAUAAUUGUAGAGUAAGUAUUAAAACUGUACAGUAUGAUGUGAUGUAGCCUACAGUGCCUUCGGAAAGUAUUCAGACCCCUUGACUGUCUCCACAUUUUGUUAGGUUACAGCCUUAUUCUAAAAUUGAUUAAAUUGUUUCUUCCCCUCAUCAAUCUACACACAAUACCCCAUAAUGACAAAGCAGAAACAGGUUUUUAGACAUUUUUGCUAAUUUAUUAAAAAAGAAAAACUGAAAUAUCACAUUUACAUAAGUGUUCAGACCCUUUACUCAGUACUUUGUUGAAGCACCUUUGGCAGCAAUUACAGCCUCAAUUCUUCUUGGGUAUGACGCUACAAGCUUGGCACACCUGUAUUUGGGGAGUUUCUCCCAUUCUUCUCUGCAGAUCCUUUCAAGUUGGAUGGGGAUCGUUGCUACACAGCUAUUUUCAGGUCUCUCCAGAGAUGUUCGAUCGGGUUCAUGUCCGGGCUCUGGCUGGACCACUCCAGGACAUUCAGAGACUUGUCCUGAAGCCACUCCUGCGUUUUCUUGGCUGUAUGCUUAGGGUCGUUGUCCUUUUGGAAGGUGAACCUUUGUCCCAGUCUGAGGUCCUGAGCGCUCUGGAGCAGGUUUUCAUCAAGGAUCUCUCUGUACUUUGCUCCAUUCAUCUCUGCCUCGAUCCUGACUGGUCUCCCAGUCCCUGCUGCUGAAAAACACCCCCACAGCAUGAUGCUGCCACCACCAUGCUUCACCGUAGGGAUGGUGCCAGGUUUCCUCCAGACGUGACGCUUGGCAUUCAGACCAAAGAGUUUAAUCUUGGUUUCAUCAGACCAGAGAAUCUUGUUUCUCAUGGUCUGAGAGUCUUCAGGUGCCUUUUGGCAAACUCCAAGCGGGCCGUCAUGUGCCUUUUACUGAGGAGUGGCUUCCGUCUGGCCACUCUACCAUAAAGGCCUGAUUGGUGGAGUGCUGCAGAGAUGGUUGUCCUUUUGGAAGGUUCUCCCAUCUCCACAGAGGAACUUAGAGCUCUGUCAAAGUGACCAUCAGGUUCAUGGUCACCUCCCUGACCAAGGCCCUUCUCCCCUGAUUGCUCAGUUUAGCCGGGCGGCCAGCUCUAGGAAGAGUCUUGAUGGUUCCAAACUUCUUCCAUUUAAGAAUGAUAGAGGCCACUGUGUUCUUGGGACCUUCAAUGCUGCAGAAUUUUUUGGGUACUCUUCCCCAGAUCUGUGCCCUGACACAAUCCUGUCUCGGAGCUCUACGGACAAUUCCUUCGACCUCAUGCUUGGUUUUUGCUCUGAUAUGCACUCUCAACUGUGGGACCUUAUAUUGACAGAUGUGUGCCUUUCCAAAUCAUGUCCAAUCAAUAAAAUGUACCACAGGUGGACUCCAAUCAAGUUGUAGAAACAUCUCAAGGAUGAUCAAUGGAAACAGGAUGCACCUGAGCUCAAUUUCAAGUCUCAUAGCAAAGGGUCUGAAUACUUAAUGUAUUUCAGUUUUUUUUAUUUUAUAAAUUUGCUAACAUUUCUAAAAACCUGUUUUCGCUUUGUCAUUAUGGGGUAUUGUUUGUAGAUUUCUGAGGAUUUUAAAAAUAUAUAAUCAAUUUUAGAAUAAGGCUGUAACGUAACAAAAUGUGGAAGAAGUCAAGCGGUCUGAAUACUUUCCGAAGGCACUGUACACACCAUAAUCCCUUUCAUACAUUUACAUUUUAGUCAUUUAGCAGACGCUCUUAUCCAGAGCGAUUUACAGGAGCAAUUAGGGUUAAGUGCCUUGCUUAAGGGCACAUCGACAGAUUUUUCACCUAGUCGGCUCGGGGAUUAGAACCAGCGACCUUUCGGUUACUGGCACAACGCUCUUACCCACUAAACUUCCUGCCGAUUAUAUACUGUAUAGUCUUGAAAUAUAUUGAUGAAGGGUGACGUGAGAAUAAACUGAGGUGGGAUUUGACAGUAUAAUCAAUGGUUAUUCAGUACAUUUGUAUUAAAAUGCAUGGUUGUUUUCCUCAAUAAUGUUGAAACUAUGAAAGCAUCAAUGAUUGAUUUUGUUUCUUUACAGAUGAAACUCCAACGAAUAACUCACAACUCGGUAAGUUCUCUCACUUUGUCACUGCUUGUGCAAUGCCUUGACAAGUGAUAUAUUUUUCUCAUCUAUAACCUCUAUGACCUUCUUAAUCCAUUAUUUUUACAUUCUUUAUACAUUCACUAGCAUCAAAAGAAAAUAUGACACCCGUGGAUUUAGUCAUGAUAAUAAUAGUUAACUCAUACAAGUUUCACUUCCCUUUUGUGUUUCUUAACCAUUAACUGUGGUAAUUUUAGCCUAUAUCAGUGAGUAUUUGUGUCGGCCCAUACUUACUCUUUGUGUGUUUGUGUAUGGUAAUCCAGCUGCAUCGAGUGGCCCCUCCCUCCAGUUGAACCCAGUGACCAGUGCUCUGCUGUCGGGUGUGGUCAUUCUGGGCGUGUUCAGUCUGGGCUUCUUGCUGCUCUCGCUCCGCCUCCUCCGCAGACCCCCCCUCCCUACAGCCACACCCUCAGGAGCAUGGAACGCUGGCUUCAAAUAAACCUCUGGUGUGUGCGUGUGCUCUCUCUCUCUCUCGCUCUCUCUCUCUCUCUCAUUCUCAUUAUCUCUCUCUCAUUCUCCCCCUCUCACUUUUCUCUCUCUCUCUUAUCCAUCUAACUAUAACUAAUACCUACAGUAUGUAUUUGCACGGCAUUUAAAAUAGGCAGGUGCAAUGUAAUUGCAGUGAAGAUACGAUGCAAUUUAAAAAAAACUUUUAUAGAAACUCACAGUAAAGAUAACUGUGAUCUAAAACAAUGAUUCUAGAGUAAGAGGAGGUUUAACCACAAGCAAUAGUUUCACUAUGUGCCUACCAAGUAAAUACAUCAAUACAUAAUAGGGACAGUUAUUGUAAAGCGGGACCUGUAUUUUCUGAAAUGUAUACAGUAUUUAGCUACUCUGUCUUCCCUGGAUGUUUACUUACUCUCCAUUUCUUACUUACUCUUAUCCGGCAGCUGUAAUAGUCACUGUCAUGCCAAACUCUCAGUCACAUACUCACGUGUACAUACACAUACUCAAGCGCAUAUUGAUACUGUAAAUAGUUAAUUCCUCCUUUGUGUACAGGGGAACAGUAUAUAUUCAAGAACAAUUUAAUUAAUUGUUUUCCUGUGCUUUGUUUUGAUCCAUUGAUAGACCAGUAUAUUGUUUUGUACAGGUAAUGUGUAAUAAAACUGACCCAGGUCAGUAUAUGAGGCUCAUUUCCCAUCUAUUCAAUACCUUAGUGUCUUUUUGUCAUCCAUUGCUUGGCACGGGAUCAGUUACAUUAAAGAAAUAAAGGGUCAUCCAAAUAACCCUGACACCCGGUGAUGACUGAUACUGUCCUCUACAAAGGCCAACACCAAAAUGUUACUUGUAGCGAUUUGAUUUCUAUAACAUACUACCUAUUUUAACCUGAGAAAAGGUAGGCUUAAGUAUAGUACUAACACGUGAGGAGAAUUGAAGAAGUGAUUCAUUCUAUAUGUAUGAUCAUUAUGAAUAUUUAUAUACCGUAUGUACUUAUUGGUAUUAAUUAUGGCUGAAAUCCUGACUUCCACAUAACUUGAAUAUUUUGGAAAGUUUUUAACAUCAAUGCUGUGACGAGGUGUGAAUGAAGGAGUCAGGCGCAGGAGGUACCAAAGUCCAGAGUUUAUUCUCUUUACAUAAAUCAAAUGCCCCAAGCGGAAAACAUCCACCUUGGCAUAAACACAGUGAAUAGUCGCUCAACCGCGCUACACGCUCUCACAACAAACAAUCACUCACAAAGACAAGGGGAACAGAGGGAACACUUAUACACAUUCUAAUUAGGGAAUGAGCACCAGGUGUGUGUGAUUGACAAGUGGAGUGAUGAGAAUGGGAUCGGCAGGAGCUAGUACUCCGGUGACGACGAACGCCGAAGCCUGCCCGAACCAGGAGGGGGGGCAGCCUCGGCGGAAGUCAUGACAAAUGCAUAAUUUAAAAAAAAAUCGAAUUACUUGCUAAAGUCAGGAUUUCAGCCUAUGUGCAUUUUAUUUUUGAGGAUUAUGUGGGUUUUUUCCCCCUUUUUAGGGAAUGUGCUAUUUGACCUGCAC